AUGUAUUCGAGUAACUACCUAGCUCUGAUAAUACUGCCAACAUUAUCCGGCUUAUUGCUGGUAACUGCAUGUACAAAAACAGUUUAUAAUUCGCAAAAUAGAGAGCAGCGAAUUCUGAUAUGCUGCAAGGGCUAUAAGUUUUCUCCGAAUACUGCAAACUCAUAUUUGUGUGAGCCCAUAUGCAUAUCUUCGUGUGAUAAUGGAUUUUGUCGAGCGCCCAAUGUGUGCGGUUGCCAUGAAGGCUACGAAAACAUGCGACACGACCCAACUAAGAGCUGCGUGCCCGUCUGCUCAAGUGGAUGCAAGAACGGCCGCUGCGUUGCUCCAAACAAAUGCGACUGUGAUGCUGGCUACCAGCCAAUCGAGGACGGCGGCUAUAAUAUAUGCCUGCCGGCGACUGCUGAUUUUUAUAUUGCCUUCAUUAAGCGUUGGAAGAUUGAGAUAAUCAUUGUGAUAUUGGCGCUGUUAGCCCUCAUCGGUUUGAUACAGUUCCUCCGUAGUCGAGGAAUGUUCUGUGCGGAAGGAAAGUUUAUAAGAUACUGCCAGUAA